UCCUAUUUAUGAAAAAAUAUAAGCUAGCUUGUUGUAAAAAAUAAAAUAAAAAUAUGAACAAUGCAUCGAAAGACUUAAAUGAAGCAAAAACAGAUUUAUCAAAGAAUGUUUUAUCUGCUUCAUUUUUGUUAUAUGUGAGUGCAGCAGCGAUGUUUGCUGGAUUUGGUCUUACACUUGCAAGAGCUCGAAAGUCUAGCCCAAAAAGUUUUGACUCUAAUAGUGAUGGAACAAAACUUGCAUUUAAAGCGCUUGGGUAUGGAUCAUUAAUUAGUGUUUCUGCUUGUGGACUUCUUGUUGUUUUUGUUGCAAAGGCUUUUGGUGUUAAAAAUAGUCAAGAAUUUGGUGCUAAAAUGAAGACUAUAUUUCCUUCGAAAGAUGGAGAGUUUGUUCGCAAGUUUGAUAACUGGCCAACAAAGUUUCCUGUAAAGACAGAUGAUGGUAAAUGGAAGGAAGAAUUUAAAUGAUAAAUUUGAUUUUUGUAAAAGCAACUCUUCAAAUUUAAUCUACAAUAACUCAUUGGUCAGGAGAAUAAAGUUUUUUCUUAUCAGACUGAAUAAUAUAAUUUUGAGAAAA